CUCCCGGAAGUGGCUGCUUCGCUGAAGCGGGGCCCGCGAGGAGGAAGUGGGGAGGAUGAACGCCCCUCCGGCCUUCGAGUCCUUUUUGCUUUUCGAGGGGGAGAAAAAGAUUACAAUAAAUAAGGACACAAAAGUGCCAAAUGCUUGUCUGUUUACAAUCAACAAAGAAGAUCACACUCUUGGGAAUAUAAUUAAGUCGCAAUUGUUGAAAGAUCCUCAAGUGCUAUUUGCAGGAUACAAAGUCCCCCAUCCCCUUGAACAUAAAAUAAUCAUUCGUGUUCAGACCACUCCUGAUUACAGCCCCCAAGAAGCUUUCACCAAUGCAAUCACAGAUCUUAUCAGUGAGCUUUCUCUCCUUGAGGAGAGAUUCCGGGUUCCAAGAUUCAUCAUCUGUCCCCACCUCUAAUAUGUGAGUUCUGGGCAAAUAAAGUCACAUAGUUGUCAAACAUCAGAAACUAGUGUGGAAAUCUUCUGGAUCUUCUAUGGUAGGGAGUUUUAUAUUCUGGUUACCCUAACCAAGAAUGUCCUUUGUGACAUUUCCAUCAAAUUGUGUUUCUGGUGGUAAUGGGGCUUGCCAUUGAAUAAUUAGGUACAGAGAAAGACGGCAUUUUUAAAGUUAUGUUGACCUUUCAGCUGGCUUGGUUUGCUGUGAAGGGUGAGAGAAAUCACAUGUAUAAGACAAGUUCUGCAUCUUCUUUGAUAAUUCUGAAUGCACCAAUGUGUCCAUUUAUGGUGGUGGGAUAAUUGAUUCAGUCUGGCUAGGAUUAGCUAGUUUGAAGUUCAGAUAGACCUGGAGUAAUGGCAGCUCUUUUCUGCAACAAGAAGGGAAACUCUACUUAUCGCUGAACUGUAUUUUUAUAAUCAAACCUUAAAUGAAAUUGUCAGACUUUUAUUUUUUUACUUUUCAGUUACCAUGUGUUUAUUUUUC